CUGCGUGCUUGCCGGAGACAGAUCAAGAAAGCAAGCAAUCCAACUCCAUUAGGAUUACUAGGAUGACAGAAAGUGACGUCCAGAAAAAACUGAAAUUAGCCAGAUUUGAGGCUGAAGAGAAACAAAAAGAACAUGAUAGACAGAUGGCCAGAGAAGAAGGCUAUGGAGGCCCAGAAGCAUGAACUGGAGUUAGAGAGGAUAAGGGCUAAGCAGAAUAUACCAGACAACCCUAGCCGUCCUUCUCCAGGUACCGCUUUCCAUCCCAGAAAGUUCCCCACCUACAAGGGAGGCGAUGAUACAGAGGCCUUCUUAGAAAAUUUUGAAAGGACCUGCCUUGGGUACAGCAUCUCUACAGACCAGUAUAUGGUGGAGCUGAGACUGCAGCUCAGUGGACCCUUAGCAGAGGUGGCAGCUAAAAUGCCUAAGGAACACAUGAACAACUAUGAACUUUUUAAAAACAAGGCCAGAAUUAGAAUGGGGCUAACACCCGAGCAUGCCCGUCGGCGGUUCAGAGCCCUAAGGUGGAAACCAGAUGUGUAAUUUACCCAACACGUCUACCACAUUGUGAAAAAUUGGGAUGCCUGGAUAUCAGGAGCAAGUGUUAAAUCUCCGGAAGAGUUGCCCUUCCUAAUGCAAAUGGAGCAGUUCUUAGAGGGUGUUCCUGAGGAAAUAGAAAGGUACAUCCUAGAUGGGAAGCCCAAAACUGUAAUUGAGGCGGGGGAAAUUGGAGCCAAAUGGGUGGAGAUGACAGAAAGGAAAAAAACUAGUAGCAGUUGGAGCGAAUAUCAGAAGGGGCAUCCUGAAAUAAAACCCUACCACCGGGGCAGCCCAAGGCCCCACCUGCAUCCCAAGGAAAACCCCAAACCCCUUAUCGUCCCGCCUCACCCCAGUGACCAGUCUGCUGGGCGAUGUUUUAAAUGUAAUGAGCUGGGGCAUACAAAGGCCAACUGCCCCAAGAACCCCAACAGAUUGCUGUUCAUUAAACCAGAAUCACGCCAAAGGUCCCCAGGCCCAGAUGCCUCCCAGAUACCCUCAAAGUGAAGGGAAACCAUGAGUGUGGGCGGGAAGAAGGUUAUCACAUGGAGGGACACUGGAGCACAAGUGUCAGCUAUCCACCAAUCCUUAGUGGACCCCAAAUUCAUCAACCCAGAGGCCCUGGUUACCAUUCAACCCUUCAUGUCAAACUCUUUAAACUUGCCUACAGCCAAGUUGCCUGUCCAGUACAGGGGUUGGUCAGGAAUGUGGACUUUUGCAGUCUAUGAUGAUUAUCCCAUUUCCAUGCUGCUGGGGGAAGACUUGGCCAACCAUGUGAAGCUAGCCAAGAGGGUGGGAAUGGUCACCCACAGCCAGGCUAAGCAAGCCUUCACACCUAGCUCUGUUCCUGAGCCUUCUACAAGGGCCCAGUCUGUGGUACCCGAGACCCAGACUGAGGUGAUGGAACUGGACCCCAUGCCCAUAACUGCGGCAGCAGUAGUGGAUCCAGUCAUAGAGACCCAGACAGAGCCAGUCCCAGAACCAGAACUGGUGGAGCAACCAGCACCAGAACCCUUGCCAGCACUGAAUCCAGCGCUUGCAAACCCAUCUACAACUCCAAUGCCAGAGGGCACCAGUGAGCCUGCACUGGCAGCAGCAGAUAACCCUAUGCAAGAGGCUCAGCCGGAGCCUGAAAUACAACAUAGUGCACCAGCAGAGAGCGGUUCACAGUCCACGGAAACAGCCCCAUCACCUACAUCGCUUCCAGACGGACCAAGCCCAAGUCCACAAUCCAAGGAGGAACUGAUGUCUCCAGCAUCAAGGGAACAGUUCCAGGCUGAGCAAGAAGCAGAUGACAGUCUCCAGGGAGCUUGGACAGCAGCACGGAGCAACCCACCACCUCUCAGCUCUUCUAAUUGAUCCAGGUUUGUUGUGGAAAGAGGACUUAUAUACAAGGAAACACUUUCUGGUGGGCACCAGGUAGACUGGCAUCCUCAAAGACAGUGGUAGUUCCAAC